AGAGAGAGAGAGAGAGGAGAGAAACUCGGAUCCCAUCUUAGCCUCUUGGUUUCUCUUCCGAAUAAAUUCCCAGCACACGGAUCUUUAUAUGGAUUUUGGACUCAUUUUCUCCUAAUUUUUUGGAGUUGCUCCGAUUGAAACAAAACACACACACACACACACACACACACACACACACACACGCAAAAAGACUGGGAUUGUUUGGGAUUUGGUUCCCUCAGAUCGCACAGAUGUUGGUGCACACAUAUGCUGCAAUGGAUCGGCACGAUGGGAUGAACAGCAGCCACAGUGCCCGCCUCGCCCAGCUCGGCUCCAUGAGCCAGGCACCUUACUCCACGGCCCCGCCGCUCUCGCAUACCCCUUCUUCGGAUUUUCAGCCGCCGUACUUCCCGCCGCCCUACCAGCCCUUGCCCUACCCUCAGAGCCAGGAGCCCUACGGUCACGUCAGCGAUCCAUACUCCCUGGCCAGCCCUCUGCACCAGCCCCAACAACACCCGUGGCAGCAGAGGCAACGGCAGGAGGUGGGGGCCGAGCAGGGAAUCCUACACCAACCCCGGGGUCUGUCUCAGUUGUCAAGCCUUGACCACCGUCGGGAUUACCAUGGGCUCCGACGGCCUGAUGUGCUGCUCCACUCCGGCCACGGCCUUGACUCCAACCACGGGCUGGUUGACACGCUGGCUCUCCACGCUCUCAACCAUCACGGACUGGACGAUGUACAGACCAGGCUGAAAGCACGAAAAGUAGGACAAAGAUCCAAAUUUUCAUUCCAUGUCCCUUACAGUUUAUCCUUUAUUGAGGCCGUGGAAGAUAACGGAAGCCCUGGGAUGAAUUUAUUGGACCAGUCUGUAAUCAAAAAAGGUUUGGAAUCACUAUCCAAUGGGACAUGCUGGGGUCUGAACCAAGGAAAAGAUCUCCACCCAACUUUCUGUCUUUUGGAUGUUAAAGUUCCCUUUGUUCCAAUGUCGAUUAAAGCCAACGGCAGUUCACUUUCUCUGAACAUGCAAAAGGAUGGCUCAUUAGGAGGAGUGACAAACCCAAAUGAAGUGUUUUGCUCAGUCCCAGGCCGCCUGUCCCUGCUCAGCUCCACGUCCAAGUACAAGGUGACCGUGGGAGAAGUUCAGAGACGUCUGUCAUCCCCAGAGUGUCUGAAUGCAUCACUGCUCGGAGGAGUGCUGAGGAGGGCAAAGUCAAAAAAUGGUGGUCGAUCCUUGAGAGAAAAGUUGGAAAAGAUUGGACUGAAUUUGCCUGCAGGAAGGCGCAAAGCAGCGAAUGUUACCUUACUCACCUCACUCGUCGAAGGAGAGGCUGUGCACUUGGCCAGGGAUUUUGGGUAUGUUUGUGAGACCGAGUUCCCCGCAAAAGCAGCAGCAGAGUUUUUGACCAGACAGCAUUCAGACCCCACUGAGCUCCAUGCCCGAAAAAAUAUGCUUCUUGCCACCAAGCAGAUCUGUAAAGAAUUUACAGAUUUAUUAGCUCAGGACCGGUCUCCACUAGGAAACAGCCGCCCCUCAGCCAUCCUUGAAGCGGGAGUCCAGAGCUGCCUGACUCACUUCAGCCUGAUUACACACGGCUUUGGGAGUCCCGCCAUCAUUGCUGCAUUAACUGCCUUCCAGAAUUACCUGGUGGAGGCUAUAAAGGGGCUGGAUAAGAUGUUCCUGAGCUCAUCCAACAGCCAUCCCUCAGGGGAAUCCGGGACUAAAAACACAGACAAAGAGGCCAAACAUCGGAAAUAACCAGGGACAGAUGGCACGGACCAAACUGUUCUAAUUAUCAAAGAGAUUAAACAGUCAUUCAACGUGCAAUUAAUAACAAAGGACAAAUAAAAUAAUCAUCAGGAGGAUUGUGUUGAGGUGGCUGCGCAGUGGCAACUUUCUAAUUGAGACGAGAAAGGAGGAAAGAGUUAGCCUGGUUUUAUCGGGACCGAUUACGGCCUGAAUCCAGGCUUGUCUCAAGCAAUGGGCACGCACAUUGAAUUAUCUUGGGACAAGAAUUUGGGAACAUUAAUAUGGUGAGACAUUAAUAAAGCACAAGUUUGAAGCAACAGCCUCGGCAGAGCAAGCAAAUAGUGUUCCACAUGUAUAUAUUUAUUUAUGUGUAAUUAAAUGGGAACUUUAAAUAGACCCGUGCAAGCUAUUUAUCUGCUGACCUGGUUUUUCUGCUGUGAGUGAUAGGAGAUGAAGACUUUGCUUUUAGAUUUUUUUUUAAACUUGAGGUUUCAGGGACAGGAUAAGGGCAGAUUGGCAGUAUCUGUGUAAAGGUCAUUGUAUGUUCUUGUGGAAGUGAUGCACAGAGGAAUAUUUGUGAAUGUGUUCCUGAACCAUAUUUUGAAACGGUGGCGUGUGAGGUACGAGGUUAUAAAUCUCUUAAUUUGUUUGUCUAGAGUGUUUCAUAAAUUGUUGAAUAAAUUGUGCUGCUAUACAGAACAAUUCUAUUAUAUGUUUCUUUCAUGUAAUGAAAAUUUGGUUAUCAGGACUUUGUAAGAUUUUGUAACCUAUUCUCUCCUACCCCAAACUAUCUGCAAAAAGAUUUAAAUUGAACCCAUUUUUGUGUUUUAAAUUUCCUCGCAAUCUGUCUUGUUAAUAAAGGAAAAUAAUUUAAACAGCGCUAAAAUUAAAA